CUGCCGCCUUCUGCCGCCAUUGCUGUGUAUCAUGGGUUCCAUACGCGAUGGGCCAUCAGAGAUGGUUCAUUCUACUGAAAGUAGCUUUCGAGCACCCAAUACUAUAGAGGAAACGAUUCCGCUUACCCAAAGACCGUCUGCCUCUGCCAAUCUGCCACGCAUAAGUAUUGCAGACACCCGUGACAAACCUGAAAGAAGCCCCUUCAACUUUUCGAAUAUUCAUAGAGCUGCAACAUUGAUGGUCAAGCCAGAAAAACCGAUAGGCACGGCCCCCAACGUGUGGAAAAGCAUUCAAGCGAUUGUUUUUGCUUCAUGGCUAAAUGUCUUGUUGGUCUUUAUCCCGAUAUCUUGGGCGAUGAAUUUUGCUCUACCCGAUCAGCAUACCCUUAUAUUUGUUUUUGCAUUUCUUGCUAUUAUACCACUAGCCAAGCUACUCGCCUUCGCGACUGACGAGCUUUCACUCCGAGUCGGUCAAACUCUAGCUGGUCUUCUCAACGCAACAUUAGGAAAUGCCGUCGAACUCAUCGUAUCAGUCAUCGCGCUUGCGAAGUGUCAACUUACAAUUGUUCAGUCGUCCCUGGUGGGCUCUAUCCUGAGCAACCUCUUACUAGUGCUGGGCAUGUGUUUCUUCGCCGGUGGUCUCCGCUUCUCGGAACAGGGAUUUGGUCAAAGUGCCGUGCAACUUAACUCGUCAUUACUCACCAUCAGCGUCAUUGCUGUUCUAUUACCUGGGGCUUUUCACAUGGCACUGCAGGGCCAACCACAAUAUGAUGAAUUAUCGACCGAUUACAACAUAUUGAAAACUAGCCAUGGCGUCGCAAUCAUUCUUCUUUUCAUCUACGCAUCUUAUCUGGUUUUCCAGUUAUUUUCGCACAAAGCCCUUUACGACGACGCUAAUGAAGAUAUGCAACAAACCAAGGGCUACGUUGGCGAAAAUCCAUUCCGGUUGCAAAGGAUGCGCAAUCGUAGGAAUAUCACGGACGGUGAAUUAGCAAGUUCCCCGAUUUCAACACAUGAAGGAGGGGCAGCAUUCCGCCCCGCAGAUGCCGCCCUCGACGUGGAACCUGGGACCCGUUCUACGGCACCAGUGGAGGAGGCUGAAGAGCAACCCAUGAUGAGCCUGGCCGUAAGCCUUUGGCUUUUGAUUGUCGUAACGGUGUUGGUCGCUGUCACUGCAGAGUUCCUCGUUGACUCGAUUGAUGGGUUGACUUCAUCCGGGGCAAUCAACAAGGAGUUCGUUGGUGUUAUUUUGCUCCCAAUCGUCGGUAAUGCAGCGGAGCACGUCACUGCGGUUACAGUAUCUGUCAAGGAUAAACUGACUUUAAGCUUGGGCGUUGCUGUGGGUUCGAGUAUUCAAAUUGCGCUCUUUGUGAUUCCAUUCAUCGUGACACUUGGCUGGAUCAUGGGCAAACCAUUGACACUUCUCUUUGACCCGCUGGAGUCCAUCGUAUUGUUCCUUUCUGUCCUCACUGUCAACUACGUCGUACAGGACGGCAAGUCAAAUUGGUUGGAAGGAAUGAUCCUCAUGUGCUUGUACUUGAUUUUGGCUGUUACGUUUUGGUAUUAUCCUGGCACCGAAGGGAUCUUCCCGAAUUGUUAGGUCAAACCCGGAGCAUCUUCGGCGAAUGGAGGACGAACCACGGGCUGUAUACCAGCUUCGACCUGGGCUACUUGCUUAUCAGAUCAGUAUUCGGUACCAUACCUCCAGCACACUAGUCAUUGUCCCUCCUGUCCAAUGUCACCUUCCAGCCGAUAAUAUGAAUGUUGCACCACGGAAAUUGAGGUGGUCAUUUAUGCAGAAUAUAUGUGUAUACCAUUAUUAUUUCCCUCAUUUUUAUGACUCCGAUCGUUUUGCCUGCCCCUUCUUUAUUUAUUCUUAUGUAUUUAUGUGCUGAUCUUCUUUUAUUUGAUUCCCCUCGCUGACAGUAUUA